CAAGGAAAAGGCAGAGACUAGAAAAGCAAGAAGCGGCCUUUACCAAAUUCGGUUUCAAUGAAAUGAAAUUUUUCAUUGAUAAUUUUCCAUAAGCAUUAUCAACAUAAUUACCUGCCAAUUUUUCUAGCCCAAUCUGAAGCUCCCAAAAUUCCCCUCAAUUUUGGCAGGUUCCUGAACUCACAUUGUACUUGAUAAGGUGAUGGCGGGUGCAGAAGAUAUUGAUCUCUCAGAUUUAAAAUCCCAAUUGUCUCAAACAGACGUUACUUGGAAGCUGGAGAUGGAGAAAAGCCAGUCCCAAGUGGAUGCUUUGCAAGCAAAACUUUUGGAGGUAAAAGCUUAUAUUCAGGGAUCAGAAGAAGAUACAAACAGGGGUUUAGAUGUUCUAUGGCAUAGAGUGAAAACUGCUUCAACAUUGAUGACGUACUUGAAAGCUAAAGCCAGGGUCAUGGCUGUUCCAGAUUUGGCCCAGUCUUCAUGCGGUAUCAAAGAACUAGAUGGAGUAGGCCUUGUUGAUAAAAAUGGGAUACCAUUAUCCAGUUGGUCUAGGGAUGUUGAUCUCUCGUCUUUUGAUGAUGCUGAUGAUGAAUUAUGGAUUAGACUUUCGAGUAAACAUGGUUGCCUUGAUGAACAAGAUGGAUCUUAUAUGAGUGAAUUACUCAGAAGUGUACAAUUGGUUACAGAUGUUAUGGAAAGUCUUGUCAAGAGGAUUAUAAUGGCAGAAUCUGAAACUGCUAUAGAGAAAGAGAAGGUAACUGUAGGUGAAGAAGAGAUUAAAAGGAAGGUGCUCCAGAUUGAAAACAUGUCCACUAAGUUAGAGGAAAUGGAAAGAUUUGCUCUGGGUACAAAUCUUAUCCUGACUGAGAUGAGGCAGAGAGUUGAAGAUUUGGUUGAAGAAACUUCUAGACAGAGGCAUAGAGCUGCAGAAAAUGAGCAGGAGCUUUGUCGUGUUAAGAGAGACUUUGAGUCUCUGAAAACCUAUGUCAGUAAUCUCAUUAGUGUGAGAGAAACAAUUCUAUCAUCAGAAAAGCAAUUCCAGACAAUUGAAAGGCUUUUUGAGCGGCUGGUCGCCAAGACAACACAAUUGGAGACUGAGAAGUUACAGAAAGAGAAUGAAGUACAAAAACUGAUGGAAGAAAACGUGAGGUUGACUGCUCUACUUGAUAAGAAAGAGGCACAUCUUUUAGCCAUGAAUGAACAAUGCAAGGUUAUGGCACUAAGUGCUUCAAAUAUCUAGUUCAGUGUGUUUAGACCCUUUGUUUUUUGUGUCUUUGUCAUGUUCAAUGAUCUCACCUGCUGGCCCUCCAGCUUAAAAAGGUGAAUGCAAUAACUGGAUUCUGCAAAACUUUGUAUCCAGUAAAUGCAACUUUGAGAGGAAUCUUUCUACCCCCUUGUUGUCUUGUACUGUCUCAUUGAUAAAAUGCACAUUUUUUCUUAAAUCUAAUGGAAGAAUUAGAUUGCAACCC